UGGGGGCGUGGCGCUGGGGGGCGUGGCUGGGGGCGGUGCGCUCCGAGUCCGCUAGCCGGCCGAGGUCCUGUUGCUGCGCUCGGAAGCCCCCGCGCCCGGAAGCCCCCACGCUCGGUCCCGAGAUGUCUGCCAGCAAGCGGGUGGCGAAGGAGCUGGAGAGUCUCCAGGCAAAGCUUCCCCGGUACCUACGGAACCUGUUCAGCCAUGAUGCCGAUGUCCUGGUGUGGCACGCCCUCCUCCUGCCUGAGAAGCCACCCUACAACCUCAAGGCUUUCCACCUGCGCAUCAACUUCCCUGAGGACUAUCCGUUCAAGCCCCCUACGGUGACAUUCACCACCAGGAUCUACCACCCCAAUGUGGGCCACAAUGGAGAGGUUUGCCUGCCCAUCAUCAGCAAGGAGAACUGGAGUCCUUACACCAAGACCUGCCAAGUCUUGGAGGCCCUCAACGUGCUGGUGAACAGACCAGACCUGGGGCAGCCGGUCCGGUUGGAGCUCGCAGACCUACUGAAGCAAGAUCCGGAGCUGUUCCACAGGGAGGCCAGGGAGUUCACCCUCAAGUAUGGAGUCGACCGGCCCUCCUAACUGGUUCUGACCCCUCUCUUUGCCGGAUCCUCUCUGUGUGACGGGCGGACAUUUCAUGGAAGCUGCGGGGGGCUGGGGCGCGGGGGGUGGGGUACGGCUGGAGCCUCCUCUCAUUUGUUCCAUGUUUUCCUUCUUAGGUAGCUAGUCAUUAGCCUGUGUGUGUGUGUGUGUGUAGCAUGGACCCAUUCCCACGUUCACCUGGCCACAGUGUGCUUUUCCUGCUCUUUCUCUGCCCCAGAGGCAGACGAGUUCACGUUUGUGCAAUUACAGGCCAGCUCUCCAGGGCUCCGUGGUCUCACAGACACAGGUCGCCUUCAGGGCAGCUGGCAGGAAAUGAGCCCAGGAGCCGCCUCACAUCCCCCUAGGGCCUAGGCAGAGGGGCAGGGGGGAUGUGAGGAGUAUGGAGGGGGGGCAGGGCACUUGGAGAGAAUCAUAUUUACACUUGAGUGAUUUGUUUAUUGAGUGUUUGAAGUCAGCCAGACUGCUAAUAGGUACUUCAUGUCUAGAUUUAUGCGCGAAACCUUUCCUUUUCCCCUGAUGAAUCAUGAAGUGAAGAAUCUAAUCUCUAUCCAGAAA